AUGCUUCUCUUCUCCAAAAAACACAAGACUCCCAUCAGCACUUACACCGACUCCUACCGCCCGCCAUGCUCUGUCAAGAAGACCGUCCACGAGAAACCUCCACAGCUGUCCUGGGUAGAAAACAAGUUUGUGACACAGGGAUUAACGAUGCCCCCAGUGCAAAAUCCAGCGAACCAAGGUCAACCUGAGGAGCUAAUUAAAGCAGCGAUGCAGGACUACUACAGGAACACCAUCAACCCUGCUGCCUACUGGCCCGAGAAGUACUGGCUGUCCAGGUCUGAAGAGAAGUACAACCCAGUUUUUGUCAACAAGGACAAAUACAUCACCUGGAGAACAGGUCCCUACAACAGUGCAGCCUGGAAUAAGUACUCCACCUACCUCCCCCUCCCGCUCAAGGAGGCGAGGAUGGAGACCUUCCUGUGCAGCAUACCCAUGCCAUACCCCCUGAAACCCGUCUGCCUCAGUCAAUACGAGAGGGAGACGGUUGCUGACAUGCUGCGCCAGCUGUCACGGUGCUCGCCACCAUCCCUGCAGCCCGUGUACACCGUGACAGGGAGGGGACCCUUCCAGGGCUACUACAGUCCCUGCUCUGGCCGCCACUACUGCCUGCGAGGGAUGGACUACUACGUUGAUGGGGCCCCUGACAUCAGAAGGCAUCUCAAUGCAACAGAAGAGAGGGCUGAGUAUCCGGUGCUGUGGUCUCAGCCCCAGAGCAAUAAUCUGUGCAUCUACGCAUUUACCCCAGCGAUCCUCUCACUACAGGAGCCCUAG